GCUGACUUAUGGCUGUUUUUAUCUCACAGCCGUGCUAAUGCUAACGUUAGCUUCGCCUUAGCUUAGCAUGAGCGCGAUCGCUGUUUCUCCAUCUAACCCAAGCCCAGUUUGAGCUCAGGCUACAGCUAACGUUAGCCUUCACCCUUCUCUUCAGUCCGUACUUGCGAGAGUUGUAUCUGACAGCUGGACACAGUGAUGGAGGCUCAGGAUAAUGCAGAUCAGUCUGAAACACAGCGCAGAAGACAGCUGGACCGUCUGGACCGAGAAGAGGCCUUCUACCAGUUCGUCAACAAUCUCAGCGAGGAAGACUAUCGGCUCAUGAGAGACAACAACCUGCUUGGCACACCUGGUGAAAUUACGGCAGAUGAACUGUCAAGUCGCCUUCGGCAGGUCAAGGACGGCCCUGAGUCGCCCAGUAAUGGCUCCACUGAGGAGAGAAGUGAAUUGCCUGCUGCGACAGAGAUUGAGGGCACUGAAGAAAACCCCAGUGGGGAGAGCCUUCUUGACUGGCUCAACACCGUACGACAGACGGGGAAUACAACGAGGAGCGGUAACAGGGGUAACCAGUCAUGGCGGGCCGUGAGCCAAACCAAUCCCAACAGCGGUGAUUUCCGUUUCAGUUUGGAGAUAAAUGUCAAUCGCAACAUAGCUGAGCAGCAAACGCAGACAGAAAGGCUGGAAGGGGGCCAGGAAAGACCAGAUGUCCCUGUGUCUGAGCCGGAGAGUCUCAUGGAGACGGCAGAGGUGGUUGAGGAACCAGUGGUGGAGGAGCUUGCGGUUAUAGUAGAGCCAGAGCUACCAGUUCCUAUCACCCUGUCUCAAAAUAUGGAAGUAAUUGCACCAAGUCCACCAACUUCACCUCCCCCAGCCUCGCCCCCAGUAGAGCAACCACGCAGGGGUCAAAUUAGGGCUCGCAGUAGAAGCCCAGAGCAGCGACGGACAAGGGCUCGCACCACAAGAGGUCGCUCGCCGCUCAACCUCGAAAGAUUGGACGGACUUCCGCCUACUCAGCACGGCCUGCCUUCUCACAGUCCUGAGAUCCUUCCAGAGCCCCAGGUCGAGGGAAGCUCAAGGACUCGGCAGUUGUUUUUGUCUAGACCGAGCACUGUAGAAACGGAAAGUCAAGAACCGGAAGCCGCUCCCGAGUUACCCGGAGCACCGCAGGAGAGAGAGGCAUCUGCUGGAGAAGCAGGAGCCUCAGGACGUCGUCCUCCAACCAUAAUGCUGGAUUUACAGGUGCGCAGGGUGCGUCCCGGAGAGUACCGUCAGAGAGACAGCAUCGCUAACCGAACCAGGUCUCGUUCGCAGACCUCCAACAACACUUUACUGUACGAGACUGAGCGCGGGGGUUUCCGCCGGACCUUCUCCCGCUCGGAGCGGGCAGGAGUGAGAACGUACGUCAGCACUAUCCGCAUUCCCAUUCGCAGGAUCUCGGACACUGGACUCGGGGAAGCCACGUCUAUGGCUCUACAGUCUAUGAUUCGGCAGAUCAUGACUGGCUUCGGUGAACUUAGCUACUUUAUGGACUCGGACUAUCCAGACUCGAACCGUGAAGACAGCCCAGCGGCAGACCUCGCUGAUGGACUGGGUAACCCUGAUGCUUCCACCGGAGCCGCUGCAGGGGAACCCGACUCCUACCUUCCUGGGAAUGGAGGCUCUAACCAGAGUGGUGUAGAGGCACGGACAGAGGAGAGGGAAGUGGAUGGUGGAGGAUCUGGUUCUAACAGUCCUCGAGAGAACCGAGGCAGACAACGGGCGCCCAUUAACCUGGAUGAAACUGGAUCUCUGCCCUUUCUGCGACUCGCGCACUUCUUCUUGCUCAACGAGGAAGACGACGACCAGCCCAGAGGUCUCACCAAAGAGCAGAUCGACAACCUGUCCAUGCGAAACUUUGGCGAAAGCGAUGCAUUCAAAACCUGCAGCGUCUGCAUCACGGAGUACGCCGAAGGCAACAAGUUACGGAAGCUGCCCUGCUCUCACGAAUACCACGUGCACUGUAUCGACCGCUGGCUUUCAGAGAACUCGACCUGCCCUAUUUGCCGCAGGGCGGUUCUGGUUUCCACCAACCGCGAGAGUGUCGUCUAGCCAAAGUUGGUUUUGUGACACUUUGACAUCACUUCCUCCCUUCCCUUUACAUUUAUUACCUAGUCAUGUGAGAACUCGUGCUGAGAUUUUCCCAUACAUCCUAUAUGAAGCCAUCGUUAAGUUUUAUCAGAUUUGCUGGUGCCAAUAUUUUUUCCCCAAACUACACGGCAGUGUAUUUUGACCCAUCUUACAAUGAAAUAAAUAUUGGUGCAUGACGCAACCGAUGAAGACCAUGCUGCAAGCCCUGAUCAUUUAUUGUCUUGGACCUCACCUUUCAACAAAAUUAUUUGAUGAGGGGCAAUGUAGAGAUCCUUUAGAGUGGUACAUACACUUUCAUGCUAAAAGAGAGAUUUGAGUUGUAAUUUUUAAGCAAGUAUUCCAUAUCAGAUUUGAACAAAGAUUGCUUUUUAAUAAAAGUUAAUCAUUUGAGUAACAAAAAUAACAUUAAGGAUAUACUCAAAUAAUGUUUAGUCAGAAAAUGCAUUGAAACUGUCACACCAUUAUCAUAACUGACUAAAAGCAGAUAAAUUGUAGUAAAUUUCACGUAGUGAUUCUGAGUGAGUUUGUCAUCCUGUAUAGAAUAGGUUUUGAUUUGGCUGUUGAAAGUGUUGGGUAAUACUGGUUUUGAAAACAAAUGGCCAGACACUUUUUACACAAACGAACAGAAGAGGCUGUAAAUAUGCUACGUGGAGACUUCAGGUCGUGUUUUUCGCCUGUCUUCCCAAAUGACGAUGAUGCAUCAGUUGGCUGAUUCAAACGUACUUCAUAUAUAUUAAGAAACAAACUUGGCUACAUGUAGGCAAUGUCGUGCAAUGCUAAUAAGGAAAAUGUCAAGGACGUUUUGACAAAUAGACUUGUAUGUUGUAGUCUGUAAAUAUAUACAUUUAAAAUGAAGACUUAAAUGGAAGUUUUUCUAACAGUUCUGUACAUUGAGAAUAGCUUCAUUUAUCUUACUCUGAGGAGGAAAUUAUUUUUCUCAUUAUGUAAUGGUUGCUUCAUAUGGGAGCUUAGGUUUUUAUUCCCGUGCUAGAAAAACAAGUGCAGUGUUAUUUAGAAACAAUAGAUGAGUCUUUAUUGUUUCUGUGUUGACUUGGGAUACUAACCCUAAGCAUAAUGUUCUCCACCAUGAUUUACAUCAUCAUUUCAUGUAUCAUAAGCAAGCCAACCAUUGUUAAAUUCAUAUUCUUGUUCAGAGGUCAUGUAUUAUAAGAGCGAGUUACUUGAUAGAAUUUCUUUUGUCAGCAUCCUAUUUAUAGCUUAUAUUUUGAGUCAUCUUUUGAUUCGCUUCCAGUUUGCUGUGUUUAAAAUGAAUAAAAUGAUUUCCUCUCUUA